CAACUUUUAAAAUCCUAAAGCUUGGUUUUGGCAGUUGUUCUUUUGGAAAGAGGACAUGUAACGUUUAAUGAUUUAACAAUUAUUUCAUUACAAAGAUUAUUGCAUAAUUUUCUUACAAUUCCACCCAAACUGAAUCACACUCGUCACACAAAAAGUUUUAGAAAAAAAAACGAGCGCAAAAGUGCACUAUUUUUAUUAAUUGACUAAAAUAAGUACUAUUAUCUACCAGUAUUUUGUAUUUUGGGGUUAGAGCUUACCCAUGAUUAUAAGGAACAUUACAAUGAAUAUUUGUGAUUCACAAACAUAUAUUAUAAGACAAUUGUUCAUUUCUAAAAAAAUUAUCUUUUUACUAGUUAGAUUUCAGAUGUAAGCCUUAAAAGCUAGCUUUUUUUCAAAUAAAUAAAAGUUUUGGAACUAUUAUCGAGUAAGGCGUUGAGAGGAGUUGCUUCGGUGUAUAUUGAUGGUAUGGACGGACUCGAGCUUUCGCUAGUAGAAUGCUUCUUUUUCUUGCACGUGAAGAAGUCGUUAUUUCGGAAUGCGGAAAAGUCUGGUAAAUUCUGAUUGUGAGUGUGGAUCAUUCAGGAAUUGUACAGCAGUAGAAAAGAAUAAACUGCGAUGUUGCCGCCAACACUUCGGACCCGGACAAAGAUCACGGACCGAAAAUUAACGGUAUGACAGUAGACCUUGGACCUAAUCCGUAAGAUGGAGGAGAAGUUUAACGGUCAGCCCGAAGUAAUAGUGCAAGAAUUAAAUCGCACAGCCAUUAGUUAAAAUUAAACAACAGCCUGAGACAAAACACUCCAAAAAAUAUUUAGUUCACCCAAUAUACAAGCUUCAGUAUCUUUUUCACCGCAAAAUUACCGGGGAGGAGCCUCACAAAAGAAACAGACCUGCUCAGUGCGCAAAUUGACAGGAAUAUAGACACACACAAAUUUACUGCGCUUUACUCCCAGUAAAUUCCUAAAUUCAUAGAAAAUAAAAAAGAUUAAGCAGUGCCAAUUACAGGGGAUGCCCAGUCUAAAAUAAAUUAAAAGUCGUCUAAGCCAAUGGCCCAAUCAACCAGCUACUGCGCAGUAUGCUACCAAACCCAUUUUUUUUCUACCUUCUACCUUUAAAAUGGGGGCAAAGUUGCGGCGAUACACUUCCUGAUCUGGCUUCGCAAGGAAAGUACAAACCCUUUUGUCGUACCGCAGUCGACUCCGAUCAUAUGCAUUUUCGAGGUUCUUCUGCACCUUGUCAUGGAUCACUUGGAGUUUAUCAGCCGUUCCCAUCCCCGCCAUUUCAUGAUCACACAGCGACUUCAACUUCCUUGCCAACUUGUAGCUGGCUCCGUUCAGGAACAUGUGUCGUCCGAACACGGUGAAGAACGGAGCUUCUCCAGUUGCUGAAUGAACCGCGUUGCGGAUGGCCACCUCAAUCUCUGGAAGAUACGCGUGCCAUUCUCGAUGAUCUUCUUCUAAGUACCUUCGGAUCGCCGCCAACACGCUUUGGCUUACCCUUUCCGCAGCGUUGCUUUGCGGAGAGUGGACUGGCGUCUUGAUGUGCGUAAUGCCAAAGCUUUACAUCGCCUCCUCGAAAAUCUUGGACGUAAACUGGCGGCCGUAGUCCGAAUGCACUAUUUCUGGAACCCCAAACUUGUAGAAAACCUCGUGAAUGAGGAAAUCCACUACAUUCCACUACAUUUGAGGCCGAUGCCUCUUGCAUGGCUUUCAGAAAAGUGUAUUUGGAGAAGUGAUCCACCACAAUGAAGAUUUAGGCCUGUCCCUUCUUCGACCUCGGAUAUUUCCCCAGGAAAUCGAUAUACAGCUUCUGAAAUGGCUGCUCAGUCUGGACUCUCUCACCGAUACCAACUUGCAUCCGGAAAUUUGGGGAUUUCGUCUCCUUACAGACUUCACACCUGCUUAUGGACUCCCGGACUUCCAGUGCCAUGCCAGACCAGUGAAACUGCCGCCGUAGGAUUUCCAGAGUUUUUCCCAUUCCGCCAUGAGCUGCUGUUGGAUCCGAAUGUGCACGCUCAAUUAUGCUGUGGGUCAGACUCUGGGGAAUCCAUAACUUCCAUUCGAAGCCUUCCACCUCGAAUUCUAGAUUUGAAGAAGAGACUCUUGAAGAUGAGACCAUCCACUAUCCUCAAGUCAGCAAACUCAGUGGGCUCGAAGCCGAGUAACUCUGACGGAUCCAGUGUUAGCUCUUCAACACAACGUGAAAGUAUCUGCCACGACGUUCUUGCUUCCUUUCCUGUGUUCGAUGUUGAAGUUAUAUCCCUGGAGUUGCAAUGACCACCGAGCCAGCCGACCCGAAAGGUCUUUCAUGGACAUAAGCCACUUCAAGCUGGCAUGAUCCUUCCUUCCUUCCUUCCACAUACGGCCGGAACUUUCGAAUGGCCAGCAGGGCAUUCUUUUUCGGUGACGGUGUAGUGGACUUGGUGACAACUCAUCUUGGUUGAGAAAAACGCUAUUGGUUGCAUCGCACUGGAUGAAAAAGUGCCGCUUGAAGUCCGCAUGUACCAGCACUGGUGCAGUAGCGGGUAAGCAUCUGGGCAGCGGGUAAGCAUCUAUUAUGGUCACCUCAUUAAGCUUGCGUGCGUCUAAGCAGAACCGGUGUUUUCCAGAUCUUGAUACUACGGUGGUGCGGUUGCUCUA